UUAGUGCGUUGAAUUUUUGAAAACGCAUUUCAUCGACUCACGAGUAUAUUUCCCUGACUGGUUUUAUAAUAGAAUGGCAUUGUCAGAAUGCACUUGUGGUCUAAAAACAGGGAACUGGAAUUUCCCUCUUUCAUUUUCAUAUCGGUACAUUCAAGAUUACAAUUUAAAACAAUGGAUUUUGAGAGUUUAAAGACAUGGACACUUUCAUGGAUCACAUGGCCUUUCGAUUUGGUUAGCCGCCCAAUCAAAGAGCCCAUUAUUGGUGCCGUUGCAGGAUGGGCUACCAUCUGGUUUCUGCUUCACAUUGGAAACACUGUUCUGGUGUACAUGGCAAUAUUUAUCAUUGUGUUCUCGAUUGCGGAGAGAUAUGGAGUGAUCACCAUUCACUGGGAUAAAUUAAGGGGACUCCUUAGUGGCAGAAAAGAUAUAAAGGAGGUCACCAAGGAAAAGAUUCCGGGUUGGAUUCAAGCAAUCCAGGAAUUCCUCACGAAUCAUAUGCUGUUUUCCUUUGGAUACAUACUGGGACUUGUGGUUGGAAUGAAAUUCUAGUGUCAAUUCCAAAUACUGUUUUAUUUGUAAAUCCAUUUUUAUGUCUCCAUUUUACAUAUUUUCAAACUGUAUUUCAUCAUUAUGAAUACAUCUAGAAGAAAAAGUGUUUAAAUCAGGCACGUAGUACCAGGAG